GGGGAGGGAGAGACGGCGGCGAGGAAAGUUUGGUGGUUUUUUUUUUUUUUUUUUUUUCUCCCCCGGUGGCGUUUUUUCGGCGGUGCCGUGGGGGAGGGGGCAUUUUCCGCAGCUCCUUCGCCUUUUGCUUCCUGGGGUUCGUGUUUCCCGAGCGGGCGGAGCCGCCCCCGGCACCGAGAAGAAGGGGGCUCAGCUCACCGUGGCGGCGCCUCGGCGGUUUUCGUUUUUGCACUGGAUGUAGCCAGGACGGAUCCUUGUGGGCUUUGGCAGCCCUUGGAAACUGUCAAAGGCAGUAUUUUGCAUUUCUGCAGAGCUUUGCACAGAUCCUGUUCCCAUGCAAACUGAUGAGGGAGAAAUACUGGAGGAAGGCAGUCCCAAGGUUAGUGAGAUGGAACAUGAGGAUUUUGUAAUGGAGGGGCAUGGCAAGACUCCACCUCCUGGUGAAGAAAACAAACAAGAGAAGGAGCAAGAAAGGGAAGAACAGUUAAUGGAAGACAAGAAAAGGAAGAAAGAGGAUAAGAAAAAGAAGGACUCUGCUCAGAAGGUCACAGAUCAAAAAACCAAAGUGCCCGAAGUGACGAAACCAAGUUUAAGCCAACCAGUGGCUGCCAGCCCAAUUGGCAACUCUCCAUCGCCACCAGUCAAUGGUGGCAACAAUGCCAAAAGGGUGGCAGUGCCGAACGGACAACCGCCAAGCGCCACCCGCUACAUGCCUCGGGAGGUGCCGCCGCGAUUCCGUUGCCAGCAGGACCACAAAGUGUUACUGAAACGUGGGCAGCCCCCUCCGCCAUCCUGUAUGCUCCUUGGGGGUGGAGCAGGGCCUCCGCCCCCAACAGCACCAGGAGCAAACCCAAACAACGCACAACCAGUGACAGGAGCACUGCUGCAGAGCGACAGUGGGACUGCAACAGAUUCAGCAAUUGGAGGUGCUGCUGCUUCAAAUUAUGCAAAUUCCACUUGGGGUCCUGGAGCCUCCUCCAACAGCGGCACCAACGCCAACCCAACUCACAUCUGGGACAAGGUGAUUGUAGACGGGUCUGACAUGGAAGAGUGGCCUUGUAUUGCCAGCAAAGAUGCUGAGUCUUCUUCCGAAAACACCACCGAUAACAACAGUGCCUCGAACCCUGGCUUGGAGAAGAACACUCUGCCAGGAAGCACCACUAAUAACAAAGGAAAAGGAAGCCAGUGCCAGUCUGGAAGCGCUGGAAACGAAUGUAAUCUUGGGGCCUGGAAAUCUGAUCCCAAGGCUAAAUCUGUUCAAUCUUCCAACCCUGCUGCCGAGAGUAACAACGGACUAGGUAAUUGGAGGAACUUGAGUGGACAAGAUAGAAUCAGUCCCAGUUCUGGCUUCAGCAACUUUAACCCAAAUAGCAACCCAUCUGCUUGGCCGGCACUGGUUCAGGAGGGCAAUUCUAGGAAAGGAACUCUGGAAUCUGAUAGUGGUAGCUCCAAUGCACAGAUUAGCACAGUAGGUCAGACCUCUAGGGAACAGCAGUCAAAGAUGGAAAAUGCGGGUGUUAACUUUGUCUCUGGCAGAGAACAGGCUCAAAUUCAUAACACUGAUGGACCAAAAAAUGGAAACACUAACUCCUUGAACUUAAGUUCACCAAACCCUAUGGAGAAUAAGGGAAUGCCCUUUGAAAUGGGCUUGGGGAACCCUUCCAGGAGCACUGACACCCCUUCACAAAGCACUGGAGAAAGAAAGACUGGGAGUGUUGGAUCUUGGGGUACAGCUAGGGCGUCUUCUGGAACUGACACAGUCUCUGGGCAGAGCAAUUCUGGAAACCACGGGAACAAUGGAAAGGAUAGAGAGGACUCCUGGAAAGGAUCUUCUGUUCAAAAACCUAAUGGGUCAAGAAGUGAUUCUUGGGAUAACAAUAACCGGUCUACGGGUGGUGGGUCUUGGAACUUUGGCCCUCAGCAUGCAAAUGAAAGCAAGUGGGGUGAAGGGAACAAAUUAACAUCUGGGGUCUCUCAGGGAGAAUGGAAACAGCUGUCUGGGUCUGAUGAACUGAAGAUUGGAGAGUGGAGUGGUCCAAACCAACCAAAUUCUAGCACUGGAGCAUGGGACAAUCAAAAAGGCCACCCUCUUCCUGAAAACCAAGGCAAUUCCCAGGCUCCCUGUUGGGGAAGAUCUUCCAGCUCUGCAGGAAGUGAGGUUGGAGGUCAAAGCACUGGAAGCAACCACAAAGCAGGAAGUAGUGACAGUCACAAUUCUGGACGCCGAUCAUAUAGGCCUACGCAUCCUGAUUGCCAGGCAGUCCUGCAGACUUUGCUGAGCAGGACUGAUUUGGACCCCCGAGUGCUUUCAAACACUGGCUGGGGCCAGACUCAAAUUAAGCAAGAUACAGUGUGGGAUAUUGAAGAGAUGCCACGGCCCGAGGGGAAGUCUGAUAAAGGAACUGAGGGGUGGGAGAGCUCUGCCACACAGACAAAGAACUCAGGGGGCUGGGGCGAUGUUCCCAGCCAAAGCAAUCAAAACAAGUCUGGAUGGGGUGAGCUCUCAACCCCAACAGAGUGGAAGGACCCCAAAAAUACUGGAGGAUGGAAUGACUAUAAGAACUCCAAUUCUUCUAACUGGGGAGGAGGAAGGCAAGAAGAAAAGUCAUCUUCCUCUUGGAAUGAUAGCUCUAGUAAGGAUCAGGGGUGGGGUGGACGGCAACCUAAUCAAGGAUGGUCUUCUGGAAAGAACGGUUGGGGAGAGGAAGUUGACCAAACAAAAAACAGCAACUGGGAGAGUGCAGGAAACAAGCCAGUGUCUGGGUGGGGCGAAGGUGGGCAAAAUGAGAUUGGAACUUGGGGUAAUGGUGCAAAUACAAGCGCUGCUUCAAAGGGUGGAUGGGAUGAUUGUAAAAGAACUUCAACGUGGAAUGAGACGGGUCGACAGCCCAACUCCUGGAACAAGCAGCAGCAACAGCACCAGCAGCAACAGCAGGAGUCUUCUGGUUCCUGGGGCCCACCGCCCCAAACUCCAAGUAAUGGGCGAUCUCCAAACCCGAACUGGAACAGCGGACCACAGCCAGCUGCCCCCAAAGAGGAGGAGCCUAGUGGCUGGGAAGAACCUUCUCCACAGUCAAUCAGUCGAAAAAUGGAUAUCGAUGAUGGCACUUCAGCAUGGGGAGAUCCUAGCAGUUAUAACUACAAGAAUGUGAAUCUAUGGGACAAGAACUCACAAGGAGGACAGGCCCCACGGGAGCAGAGCCUGCCUACUCCAAUGACUAGCAAAUCACAAGCAUCAGUCUGGAGCAAAAGCACUCCACCUGCUCCAGAUAAUGGUACGUCCGCCUGGGGUGAGCCAAAUGAAACCAGUCCCGGGUGGGGUGAAGUAGAUGAUACAGGAGCAUCGACAACAGGCUGGGGGAAUGCACCUUCCAACGCCCCGAAUGCCAUGAAAUCUAGUUCUAAAUCUAUGCAAGAUGGCUGGGGAGAGAGUGAUGGGCCAGUGACAGGAACACGUCAUUCCAGCUGGGAAGAGGAGGAGGAGGGAGGAGUCUGGAAUACAGCAGGCUCUCAGGGAAGCAGUUCCUCCCACAACUCAACAAGCUGGGGGCAAGGAGGAAAGAAAACACAAAUGAAGUGCGCAUUAAAAGGAGGAAAUAGUGAUUCAUGGAUGAACCCUUUAUCCAAACAGUUUUCAAAUAUGGGCUUGCUGAGUCAAACUGACGACAUUCCAGGCAGUAAGAUGGACUUGUCUGUAGGUGGUCUCCCAGAUAAGAAGUUUGAUGUAGAUAAACGAACCAUGAAUCUCGGGGAUUUUAAUGAGAUGAUGAGAAAGGAUCGAUCUGGGUUCCGUCCACCUAAUUCCAAAGACAUGGGAACCACAGAUAGUGGGCCUUAUUUUGAGAAGCUGACUUUGCCUUUCUCCAAUCAAGAUGGGUGCCUUGGGGAUGAGGCUCCCUGCUCUCCCUUCUCCCCUUCUCCCAGCUACAAGCUGUCUCCCUCUGGUUCCACACUAUCCAACGUCGGCCUUGGGGCAAUCGGCUCAGGGCUCAGUCCCCAAAACUUCGCUGCUAGACAAGGUGGCAAUCAUGGUUUGUUUGGAAACAGCACAGCACAAUCGAGGGGCAUGCACACACCUGUGCAGCCACUAAAUCCUUCCCCCAAUAUCCGGGCGCAAGUGCCUCCCCAAUUCCUUUCUCCCCAGGUUUCAGCCUCCAUGCUCAAACAGUUUCCCAACAGUGGCUUGAAUCCUGGUCUUUUCAAUAUGGGCCCCCAGCUUUCUCCACAACAGAUUGCCAUGCUGAGCCAGCUUCCACAGAUUCCCCAGUUUCAAUUAGCAUGUCAGCUCCUCCUUCAGCAGCAGCAGCAGCAACAGCUGUUACAGAGCCAGAGAAAGUUAUCUCAAGCUGUGCGACAACAGCAGGAGCAACAGCUUGCUCGUAUGGUGAGUGCCCUCCAGCAGCAGCAGCAGCAGAGGCAGCCUGGCAUGAAGCAUUCACCAUCCCACCCUGUUGGGCCUAAGCCACAUUUAGACAGCAUGGUACCCAAUCCUUUGAAUGUGGGUCUCUCAGAUUUACAGACCAAAGGGCAAAUACCUGGAUACGGUUCAGGCUUUGGCUCAAGUGGCAUGGAUUAUGGCAUGGUGGGAGGGAAAGAGGCUGGAACAGAAUCCCGCUUUAAGCAGUGGACUAUGAUGGAAGGGCUGCCCUCUGUGGCUUCACAAGAUGCCAAUAUGCACAAAAAUGGUGCAAUAGUGCCCCCUGGAAAGGCUCGCGGAGGAUCGCCCUACAACCAGUUUGACAUAAUUCAGGGUGACCCACUCGGUGGCCAUGCAGGCCCUGCUGGUGAUAGUUGGUUACCUGCCAAAUCUCCACCAACGAACAAGAUCGGAAGUAAAUCCAGCAAUGCCAGCUGGCCUCCAGAAAUUCUGCCGUUCAAGAAAGCAGUAUUGUUCAGCACAAAGAUAAAUGAAGUGGUGCCCAAUCAAACUGAUAUCACAGCUGGAGAGUUCCAACCGGGAGUGCCAUGGAAAGGUAUACAAAACAUUGACCCUGAAUCUGACCCCUAUGUGACCCCUGGAAGUGUGCUGGGGGGGACAGCCACAUCUCCCAUUGUAGAUACUGACCACCAACUUCUGCGGGACAACACCACAGGGUCUAAUUCUUCCCUCAACACCUCGCUGCCUUCACCUGGUGCCUGGCCCUACAGUGCCUCUGACAAUUCCUUCACCAACGUUCAUAGCACUUCAGCAAAAUUCAGUGAUUACAAAUCAACGUGGUCCCCAGAUCCCAUAGGACACAAUCCCACUCAUCUCUCCAACAAGAUGUGGAAAAACCAUAUUUCCUCAAGGAACACUACAGGGCUGCCCCGCCCACCUCCUGGCCUGACCAACCCUAAACCAUCAUCUCCAUGGAACAGCACAGCACCCCGAUCGGUCAGGGGCUGGGGGGCACAGGACUCAAGGCUUGGCUCUGCAUCUACUUGGAGUGAUGGUGGCUCAGUUCGUCCUAGCUACUGGCUGGUUCUUCACAAUCUCACUCCACAGAUUGAUGGGUCAACCUUGAGGACGAUCUGCAUGCAGCAUGGCCCACUGCUGACAUUCCAUCUGAACCUGACCCAGGGCACCGCCCUUAUCCGAUAUAACACCAAACAGGAGGCGGCCAAGGCCCAGACUGCACUGCACAUGUGUGUGUUGGGAAACACUACCAUCCUGGCUGAGUUUGCCACAGAUGAAGAGGUUAGUCGCUUUCUGGCACAAGCUCAGCCCCCUACACCUGCAGCAACCCCGAGUGCACCCGCAGCAGGCUGGCAAUCCCUGGAGACAGGACAGAACCAGACAGAUCCAGUUGGACCUGCUUUGAAUCUCUUUGGUGGGUCAACAGGGCUUGGGCAGUGGAGCAGUGGUGGCGGCGGUGGCAGCAGUGGGGGUGAUCUCACUGGCGCUUCAUUGUGGGGGCCCCCAAACUAUUCUUCAAGCUUGUGGGGGGUCCCAAGCGUAGAGGAUCCACACAGAAUGGGCAGCCCUGCUCCCUUACUACCUGGAGACCUUCUGGGAGGAGGGUCGGAUUCAAUCUGAACUUAGAACUUUCAACUCUGACCUCGUGACCUUUUUUGGAACAGCAGCAGCACUAACUUGACCUUUUCGUUUUUUUCAACUUGCAAUAAAUACAUUUAUAAAAGGAAAAAAGAAAAUGGAGAAAGAAAAAAAAGGUGGGUCAUUGACAGACUGUCUGAGCACAUAGUUGCCUCCCUUAUAUAACUUCAGUUUUUUCGUUUGGAAUAUGAAUCCAAAAAAGAGAACAUAUCACUCUUGAAAUACUUGAAUCGUGAACGCCAACGUAGAAAGACAAUGUGAAGCAAGUACACAUACCAUUUAAAUUUAAACAGAAAAAAUUAAAAAAAUUAGUUUCUAGUUUUUCACUUUUUCAUGUUAUACGGAAGUUGUUGCUAAGAAACAUAUAUACUGAAAAAAUAGCUUUUUAACUUUGUUUGCACUGGGUGUGUUUCCGUCCUUAGGUCUACCAUGUUGGGUUGGGGUAGGGAAGGGGUUCAAGAGAGAAAUGGGGGGGGAGGGGAAGACUUGACGGAGCCUCACUUUAAAAACAAAACAAAACAAAAAAAAACUAAAAAAAAAAAAAUUAAAAAAUUAAAAAACCCACAAAAAAAACAAAACAGAAAAAAAACAAACAAACAAAACAAAAAAACCAACACUUUGUGAUUGGCUGGUUCAUAAGUACCAGUGUGUUCUGGCACAUGUAACUGCCCACGUGUGCUUGUUUCUGUGUGAGUGCGUGUGCACAUGUUUGGGUGUGUGCAUUUUUUUCUCUCUCUAUAUAUAAUCUUGAAACGCUGCAUUGCUGAUGGUCUACGGGCUGGCUGGCCAUCUGCAUGUCUUGAUUCUGAAAACAAGACAGGCAUGGUGGAGUCCCUGUGGCUGAAGCAGAAUCCAGUUGGGCUGGAUUAAAAUUUGUUGGUAGGUUUUUUUAAAUUCAUUUUAGCAGGGUGCUAUCUCAAGUCUGCAGAUCAUACAGAGUGGAUAGUUGCUUCCUAGCCCUUGUUCUAACCCUGUGGUAGAGCAGAACACUGCCAUAUCCAAAGGAUUUGGUGAGAGGGGAGACAAUGUUGUCUUUUGAGUAGCAGUGUCUUUAUUUAUGUCUGCAUGUGGGGGUUUUGUACUGAAUGAACCCUAGAAUGUUUGUUAUAUAAUGCAAGCCAUUUAUUUCUUCCAACAAGGGGAAAAGAGGAGGAAAGAAGACAUUGCCAUUUUUUUGUGCAGCUAAGACAAAUGUUCUUAUUCAGUCUCUUGCAAGCUUCAGUACCUUUAAAAACAAUGAGUGUUUCUCUUUUCUCCCCCAAACCUGAAUAAGCACCCAUAUGCAUUUUAGAGGAAUCCAUCAAAUGCUUGGAAGUCCAGCCCAACCAAAUUAGCCUUUCAAUUGAUUUACUGCUUGUAUUAAAACUGACAGAAAACUAAAUCGUGUCAGCAGACUGCUGGCCGGCCUGCCUCAUCUCCUGAAAGCACAUGCAGCUGACUCCUUCCUGCGUCCUUCAUGGUGAGCGUUACCUGUGCCAGGCCUCGGUGUCAUUACAGCGCCAGACCAUCACUGACAGAAACGUUUACUUACGAAUGUUCUUAAACCAGUGUGUACUUCAAAGGUUUCCUUUUGUUUCUCUGUGUUGUGUUUUUUCCUGUGUAUGUGGUUUUGCUUAGGGAGUAUAUAACUAGCAAAGACUUUUUUUUUAAAAGUAUUGCACCUUUUUGUUUUUUUUUUUUUGUUUUUACUUUUUCUGUACUGUUGCUUUUUAAUUUCUGUAUUUAAGGAAAGGUUUGGGGUUUUUUAGCAUCAGUGUAGUAGUACUCUGGGCAGGAUAGGGGUGACCUAUAAUCCACAGUGAUAGCCAGUGUGUGCGUGCGUGUGUGCUCUGGGAACAAAACUUUUUAAGACCUGUUGUUGUGAAAAGAGUUGUAGCAGACUUGAAGGCACAUCCCUUGACAUGAAGCAGAAAGUCUUUUAUGGGGGUGGGGCCAGGAGAAGAGGGAAGAGAGAUGCCGGUACUUUUUCCAUAAGUGCUAGGACUCCAUGUGGCAUUGUCUGGCCGUUAUACUGUCUAACAAAGUGCCGAUGUUCUGUACCAGCAUAUACCUGUCCAUUCCAGCCCUCAGAGGUAGCAGUGCUUAGGCUUUAUUACCUGAUGGAGCAGGGAGGAUAGGGGAGUCUGUUUCUUAAGCGUUUUCAUUGAAGGAUAUGACCGUGUCUGAUCCGUUUAACUCUACAUGUGGGUUUGGUGGGGAGAAGGCAAAGCAGAUGCAAGUAAUGGAGUGGGGGUGUGCGUGUGUGUGUGCCUGUGUGUGUGUGCCUGUGUGCUGGGGGUGGGAGGGAAGGGCUAGGGAAUUACGUGGCUGUUUUAAUUCGCCCUUUCUAUGUAAACCCAAUGUCACAAGGAAGACUGACUGAGGGAAAUGCUGCAUAUACACAUGCCUGUAGAUUUGUAUGCAAAGUGUUACAUGGUAAAAAAGUACGAGUAGGUUUGUAUUUGUUUAGUAAACUGGAGUGUGCAGCAUACUCUGGCCCCUUUGGAAUAUACUUUCCUAUCAUGACUCCUCCUUCAUCUAUCCCACCAUGCACAAAGAAAUGAAGUGCUCUCUUUCAACUCCUGCUAUCUAGCUAGUGGCCCCUGCGUGCAGACAUCCAUAAAGCUUUGUUUCUAGUCUCUGCUCGAAGACCAGCCACGCUCGGACACACAGAGCAGGUUCUUAAAAGUCCUGUGCCAGCAGUACUUCCUAGUGAAGCACCUUUGGCCUGAGCAAGCCAGUAUCUGUUCUGUCACGAUUUUGCUGUACAUGCUGGUUCAUUGCUGUGUUCCACCCUCACUUCUCUCUCCCAACCUGCCCUAAGGUCCCUUUUCCUGCACUUUGGGCUAGUUGAGUUCAUUGCGAUACUACGGUGAAAGCCGGGUGCUAGAGCCCCUCUUGUUUACAAGACAUAAUGAGGGAUUUGAAAUAUUUAAAAAGAAAAGCUAAAUUGUUCUUCCAUUGUAAGCUUAAAGGGAAAAAAAUUAAAACGUACAAAAAAAAAAAAAAAAAGACCAAAAAGUGCAUAUAUAUAUUUUAGAUGAAGACUAACUCUGGGAGCAUUUAACAGUGUUUUUGUUUUUAUUUUAACAUUUUAUUUUCCUGCUUUAAAUUUGCAAGCAUUCUCAGGAAUUCUAGGGUAGGAAGCCAGUUUUUUGAAGAUGGUUUAUUUAACCUUAUCCUAGAUAGAUGGCUGUUUCUUGUUGAUAAACUUUUACAAGUUCCUGAAUCUUCAAAAUGUUUGAAAGUUUUUACUUUAAAAGAAAAAUGCUAAAAAAAAAAAUAAAAAGAAAAAAAGAAAAAGAAAAAAUCUCCAAAUGUUACUGUCAAGCGAGGGAUCAAGAAUUUUAAAGACUUUCUAAAUUUAAGUACAUUAAGAAAACUUCUCAAUAUCAGCAACAGGAAUUCAUUGCAAUCUUAAACAAGUUGUGGGAGAAGAAGGGUUAUCAUUAUAGUGCUUUAUUACUCAUGCAGACAUGUGUGCAGUUGCAUGGAGAAGUGUGUGAAUGGAAAUCUACUGUUCCCUCUUGAUUGAAACUAAACGAAAAUACUCUUUAAGCACCUUUUUUAAAAGCAAAGUGAAACUAUAAACCUUAUUAAAAUGCAGUAUAGUUUAACUGAAAGGGUCCUCAGUUAGGAGGACCAGCAGGAAAUACAUGAUGGUGCUUCUUUGAACCACUUCUAAGUAGUGCUAAAGAAAACCAGUGCUGACAGAAUACUGAGUAAUGAAGUAGGUUUAUUAUCCUGCCUUUUUCAGUACAGAAAAAAAAAAAUAUUAAAAACUCCAGUACAAUGUACAAUGAAAAUCAACUUUGCUGUUUUCAGCUAUUUGGUCAGUUUUAUUCCACACUUGGAGAUCUGCUGCUUGCUUUUCCUCACCCACCCCUCCUCCCAGUCUUUGUUUUAUUUUAUAUGAGGGAAAUACCUGUUAAACUCCUCUGUUCACCCUGUUGCUGCUGGCUGUCAGGGCUUACAGUCUUGAACUUCAGAGUUCAGCGUUGGGAUGGCCAACUUCUGUCUCCCAGCUCUAAGGGUCAGGGGCUUACUGCGCCUGAAACGGCCAGGCUCAAACCACAAAAACCGCGCUAGUGCCUUUUUACAUGCACCCACAUGCCCUACAGUAGGGGAAGGGAGGGAAGAUGAGGCAAAGUGAGGCAGUAUAGCCACUUCAUGGAAAUAGAUGUACCCCUUCUUAAGGAAAAAGAGCAUGCUGCAUAAGCAUGUUGUGCAAUGAGUUACUUAGUAGUAAUUGAGAUUUUAUUAUUAAAGAAAUCAGAUGCCAAAUUCUUUUUCAUAGCAGUUGCCCAGUGUUUUCAUGUUGUGCUGCGUGUGCAUGUGAGUCUAUUGAAAAUAAUGCAUCAGUAGUAAUAAUAAUGUGCUUUAAAAUCCUGUCAUGGGCCAGUAGAAGGUGGGUUUACUUAGGAACUUUGGGAUUUUAUUUUUUUGUUUGUUUUACAGAAAGAAUUUGAGUGCUUUGCCAGAGCUGUGUUUUAUCAAAUCAGCAGUGUCCUAAAACAAAAGAAACCAUAGAAUUUAAUCAAAAAAAAAGCCAACAGACUUGACAUUCACUUGGAAGUGGGUUGUGACUGAGUGCUGAAGGGUUGACAGUCUGGAGUUUCAGCAGUCUGCUGGGUCCAAACCUAUUGUAGUACAACAGUCUGCUCCUCCUUUCCUACAUGUGCAGUCCUGUAAGCCUUAGUGACUGUCUCCUCAGUGACAGUUUCCCUAAAUUGUUAAAGUAACAUUAAUCUUGCUGUUUUCCAGCUACAGUUGACAGAUUUGUAUGGCUUAGUCAUGACACUCCUAACCAUGCUGUCUGAGCAUUCUGCUAACCAAACUUGUCUGCUGGGGACAACCAUCGCUUAAUGUUGUAAAAAUUCUGCUACCAUUUGAGCUCAUAACAGCAAAAAGUCAGCAGGAAUUGAUGGUAGGGUACUUUUGGGCUUUUACAAAACUAUUCCAGGGAGGGAAUCAGUGGCAGUGUCUUGUUUAAACACAUUGGGAAGGUAGGGAAAAGAGGCUGGGGAAAGCACAGCUUGGAAUAGACUAUGGGCAUCUUCUUCCAGAUAAAAAUCCAGCCGCUUUGCUAACCCUACCCUUCAGUGUCUAUCAAGCUGAGAGUUUUUUAAUGUUAGAUAAUUUUUUGCUCCAUUUGAGGAUUUCAUUUUAGCAGUGACAACUUAAGUCUAGCGAGGGGGAAGAAAAAAAAAAAGGGGGUACAGCUCAGAAACCUGUGUUGAGACCUCUGACAUUUACUUUGGAAGAAUUGCCAUCUUUUCCCAGUGUUUUUAUGUUUCUGCCUGGACACGUGCCCAGCAGUCGUGAGAGUGGGGUUUUUGUUGGUUUGGGGUUUUUUCCAAUCACAGGGUGUCAGGUUUUUCUUACAAGUUUUUUUAUUGUGCUUCACAUUAAGUGGCUUGUGUAAUGAACAAGAAUGUUAAGCCAAGUAUGUUUUUACCUCUACAUUAUAAACAGGAUAUUUUCAACCAACUGGGUGGUAUAACCACCUCAAAGAUUAAAUAACAAUUAAACAUUUAUAUUAAGUUGGUCUCUUUUUUUUUUUUCCCACCAUGAAAUUUCUAAGCAUUUAUUCCUUAAAACUUUUACCGUAUUUUUUCUCCUAAAAAUGUUGCCACAUAUUCCAGUUUAUCUAAAUAUGUAUCCAAACAGUACUGCAGGGUUUUUUCUUGGUUUGGUUAGUUUUUUGGUUCAUUCAUUCUUUAUUAUGUUUAACUCUUAGGUUUCUGAUUCUGUUUGCGCAUAUUGUUUUCCUCUUGACUUUAAGAGGAGCGCUGUUUGUGUAUCUGAGGUACCCAAAUUUGACCAAGUCUGGUCUGGGAAAUCAGGAGUGAUCCUCGUGUGAAUUAGUCCUACUGACCUUAAAUGCAUACUGCUCGAGUAAGGGCUCUUUGUAUAAAUAAACCUUAGCUGGAUCAGGGCCAAGGUAGCAGAUGAGGACCUGUUGUAUUUCCAGUGCAGCCAACAUCUGUGUUGCAUAUAUCACAUUCGCUGUAAAUCACGUGACUUUAGUAUCCAGGUUUCUCAAGUGGAUUGAAAUGCAGGUUUUGUGGAGGAUGGUUAGCAUCUCAGGGUACGAGUCCUGAUUGAGUAAAAGAUAGGUUUUUCUUUCUAAAGAUGUAAGGUUCCCUUAACAGAAGCAGCUUUCUUAAUUGUAAAUAUGCAUGCAUGCUUUGUGGGCAGGAAGGUAAUACCAAGAUAACUACGUUGAAAUUAAUUCUGAAAAAAAAAAAAAACAAACAACAAACAAAUGCUGUUAAAAUGCAACUUUGGUCCUGAAUGUGAAGCAACAUACACAGAAUCUGUUGGUUUGUCUGAAUUGAUUUUGCACAAAAUAUCAUUUCAGUUCUGUAGUUUAUUUGCCGCUAUUUUGCAGUUGUAGGAACUGAUACUGUUAGGUCAUAUCAGUCAUUCCCACUGUGAUCGAAAGACAGAUAUCUAAAACCCACACUGUUUCUUUCCCUUGACUUCCAGUACUAGGCUUCCACCUGUGGCAGAAGGAUGUUAACAGUAACGGGAAGAAGUAUGUGAAGUUUCCCAAUGUAGACAGAGCUGUUUUUCCCUCUUGUCCUGAAUUCACAUCCAAACCUAAAACACAGAGCAACAAUUAUGCUGUAGCUGAGCUGUUGGUUGGAUUAUACAGUAGGAGCUGAACUGGAGACUUUUAGCAGCCUUGCUAGUUCAUGUCCUUCAUAAUGUUUUGCCUAAGUGUCCCAUCACUGUAAAUACCAGUGUUGCUGAAUUUUACCAAAGUUUCCCCUGCAGUAGAUAAUAGAAAGCAGGUCCAUUUUGUGAUGACUCACAAAGCAGAGCUUUGCCUACUUCAAGGGUCUGUCUACAUUGCUGUUAAAACUGAGUCAGGGUCCUGUUUAAAAUAUAGCUCUCUAUUCUGUGGUGUUAGUGACUUUAAACUUUGUGAUGUAGUAACUAUAGCUUCUAAUGCUUAUAUGAAAAGUGAUUUAAGGUUUUGUCUGUGCUACAAAAAGCACCACAGCUCCUGGUGGUUUGGAGCCUAUUUUUAAAACUUAUCAGGCUACAAUAGAUGCCGUUUCAUCUGUGGCACGCAGCAGACAACAGUUGUUUGCAUCCAUGGUUUGCUUGCGUGUUGCUUUUCAUCAAGCUAUGCAGGAAAGCUUUUCUCUAGAAGUCUCCCAGAGUCCUGUGCUAUAUAAGCAAGCUUCUAGCAAAUCAAGUGCCCUCUGCAAAAGAGCCAUUUUUGCCCUGUAUGUGUGACAGUUGAGACUGGUAACAUGCAGCAGUGUUAGGGUUCCUGUUAACUUUGUAGCGAGAAAGGGAGUUUUUUGACUUGACUCUGACAGCCUUUCUGUAAAUUCGUACAGAGCACUCCAGGGAAAAAGAAAAAGAAAAAAAAAGGGAAGAAUGCAUUGUGCCAGCCAGCGUUAAGUAUUUAAGUAUUUUUGCAGCAAACAUUCUUGACUGUGGUGGGCGGAGGGGAAGAGACUGGAGAAUUUUGCGUGAAUGCGCAAUACAAGGAGGCACUGCUUGGCAAGAAAUGCCUCUCCUUGGGUAUUGGUGUGUGUUGUUACAUUCGCAGAACUAACUUCCUCAUUUUUUUAAGUUUGGGGCUUUUUUUAAUUGAGAGAAAGUGGAAGCUCCUCCUGUUUCAGAUGAAACACAACCAACCAGAAGUGAACAUUUUCUUUAUCAUUUACUGUUGAGCAGGUUGCACAGCUUGUUAGAAUAGCUGUUUUAGUGACAUGGUUAUGAUAUUACGUGCUUUCUUUCCCCUCCCUCUCCCUGCCAGAUAUGGCUUACCCUUUCUAUAUAAGGCGCUUGUGUGGGGUUUUUUGUUUUGUUUUGGGAACGUGUGGAGAAGAAGCAAAAUGAAGUGAAAAUGCAAGCCAAGGUAGAACAGCCUUACUUUAGGGGGUAGCCUUACAACAGAGCUUUAUAGUGAGUGUGCUGUAUUCCAAAAUAUAUAAGCCAAAAACAAAAAAAGCAUUCAUUUAUGCAAAAAAAAAAUUUAAAAGAGGUGUUGGAAGACUUCUUUAUGUACCUUCUAAAGGUGGAGUAAGGUCUCACCAAGUGAUACAUUAUUGUGAUACUUCUUGCUGGGUCAGUAGGAAUGGGUCGGGGUAUAAGUGCUUAACAUUUUCCUCCUAUGUUUUUACAAGCAGUAAGUUAAAUGUGGUAUUUAUGAAUGUGCCUUUGUGAGUAUAGUGACUGUCUAAUUGAGGAGACCACUUGGGCUGGAGGGGAGACAAUGGUCAGUUUAUUCUUUCAAGAGGUCAGACAUCGAGAUUGCAGCCCACUGGUCCCUUUUGACAAGCAUCAUCUUUGGGCUGGUCUCUACACUGCACAAUACGUAUUCAUAUGUGGUAGAGAUUGGGGUGGGGGGUGCAGAGGGAUGUCAUGUGAUGCACAGAAGCUGUUGAUAGUUUUAGGCUAGUCUGCCGUUGCAGGUUGAGUUUGUAUAUGUAUUUUGUGGCUUCUCUUUAUGUUUGUGUGCAUGAGUGUGAGUGUGUGUAGCUUUGUUUUUUUGUAAGCACUGGAGAAUUGAAACACAGUGAUGUUUGAGACAAAUUUAUACAUGUAGAGAAGAUGAUGUUUUGUAGCUUCUGUUAAAUAGUGGGUGCAGGCACACUUUUACCCUCUCUGCCCGAGUCCUGAUAAGCAAAACAGGAAAAGUUUUUUUUUCAACCUUCAACUUCCAGCACACUUAAUGUUGCCAUUUAAAUGAACAGGGUAUUACACAAGAAGAAAAAAAAAGAGUUUUUGAAAUGGUGAGGUAGAAGUGUUUAAAAGGAAAAAAAUCUGAAGUAAUUUUUUGUUUCUUCAAAGCUGUUUGUAGCUAAACAUGGGAAUCUGCAGUGUCUCCUUCCAUUUGUUUUUUUUCUCUAAUAAUUCACCUCUUCGUCCCACCCAAAACACGAGGUGUACAAGAUCAAGAGCUGUUGUUGUAGCCCUUCCUAAUUCCCACCCUGAAAAGAAACUCCAGUGGGAUCCCUCAGCUCUAUUCAGGAAGACAAAGAGAGGAGAGACUCUGCAGUUUUCUUUGCUUCGCUCUCAUUCCUCUCUAAUGGCCUUGAAAUGUAUUAUUAUGCAAAUGUGAAUUUUGAUACUGAACUUAAGAAGAGGUUGUUUGUUCUUUUUUCAAAAAAAAAAAAAGGUCCCAUAUGUGGUCAGCAUUGCUUCUUUUUUUUGUAAGUGAAUUGUAAACUAUGCAUUCUGCAAAGGGGGUGUAGGGGACAAAGAUACUUUGCUAAACUGUUCAGGAGUUUCUGUGUCCAUGGUAUAUCCAUUAUAGUUUGGGGAAGUGGGGAGGUGAUGACUUUGAAAUAAGGAAUUGAUAAGAACCUCUCUUUGUCAGACAUUGACCAAUAGGUAACUGAGCAGAGAUGUGAAAAACUAACGUUGAGCGCAAAACAAUAUCAGCUCUCAGCCUCGCACAGGGAUGUGAAUUCUUGCCACGCAGUGUUAACCCAGGGCCGAAAGGGUGAACGGGACACCAGCUCUACCUGGGGAACUAUCUACCGCCUCCUGUGUUCUGGCCCUUGCUAAGCUCAGGAAACAUGGUGCCAUGGGCACUGUCUUUUUUCGAUUUACUGCUAGUUUUCCAUCACAGCAGUCCUCGUGCUCUUCCAGGAGAAUUAGAACAUAGCUGGUCCUUGAUAUCUACACUUCCUUCUCCCUAAAGUUUUCUUUGCUGCUGUUUCUGGCACAGCUCAUACAGUGACGGCACAGCUGUGGACAAAAUGGCGGAGAUGGUACUUACUUUCUAGUGCUGAUCAAAGCCCUACUAUGAGGACUGCAUUUUUUCAACAUCAGUAGCUACCAGUGCUUUGUUGUCUGAUGUUACUGCUAGUGACUUAGCAUUAAUGUUGGCAGUGUGUGAAAUUCUAGGGAAAGUAGAUUGACAUGUAGACCAGGUCCUCUCUGUUUAAAAGAAGUUAUCCUGUUUUUACUAAGAGGUGAUGUCAUAAUGGUCAUAAAAAAGGACUUACCUCCUCAUGUCUCCAAAAUGCACUCAUUGUGGAUUAUGUAUGUUCCUUGAAGCUUGCUUAGUUUCCAGGAGCAGUCUCCUCAGAAAAAUGCAGAUCUCAUUGCCCUCUCUGUUAUUGUAAUAGGGACCUUUUGACUUGACUUUUUCCUUUGUCCAUGGUGAACCAUGGUACCUGCAUUAUCCUUGGCAUUAUCUUAGGUGUAAUAUCAUAAACAGAUUAAUCUGCCUGUAUUCAGUGUUUUCAUGCAGCAAUGUUAUUUUUGUUGACAUUCACAGUACUGUAAUAAGUAAUAGACUUGAUGAUCCCUCUCGCAUCUGUGUCUGCCUUGCAGAUGUGAUCUUAUCAGGGUUCCACUCUGUCAGAUUGCCUUUAAAAAAAAAAAAAAAAAGGAAAAAAAUCUGAAGUUUAAAAUCACUCACUAAGAUACCUCGUGGUACACUUCCUUCUAAUGUAACCUUUUUAAUCUUACCUUUUCUUCUAUACUUGUUGGACUUUUAUUUCCAUCUGUUAUCUCCUUUCUAAAAGGAUGUUUGAACUUGUGGUUUAGAGCACAGGACUUGAAGCCUGGAACUCCUGAAUUCUAACAUUGGCCAUUACUCUUCCCUUGCCUUGGGCAAAUCAUUUAACUACUUUGCCUUUGUUUUUUCAUCUGUAAAGCGGGGUUGUUAAUAAUACUUACCUACCUCACAGGGGUUUUGUGAGGAUCAACUAGUAAUGUUUGUAAAGUGCUUUAAAGAAAAAAGCAUGAUAGAAGUAUUAUGAGGUUUUCACAGCAAGUUUCGCUUGUUCUUUUCACGUUGUUUGCUUGUGCGGAGGGAGAUAACCCUUUUUUCUCUUAAUUGUUAAAGCCAUCAAACACUCAGAUCCUAAAUUAUGGAAGUUGAUGGAUAUUCAGUUACUCAAACUCCUCCUUCUUUAUGCCUGUUUCCUUCUACUGUUUUUUUUAUAUAGUUGUGCCAGUGUUGCUACAGGUCACAUGACUAUAAGCUUCAAAACUGAAGUACUUUAAGCUUGCUGCUUCUUUCACCAGAUCACCAAAUCAGAAUAAGUUUGUGUACUUUUCCCUGCUAUUAAAUAGCAUUUUUGGUAAUGUCAUCUUUCAAGUAGACACAUCUUAUCCUGCCAUCAUGAAGGGGAGGUGGUGGGUGUAGUUUCAGAGAGGGGACUGUAAGAUGAAGAACCUUGCUCCUUUACGCUGCUGCUCCAGGGAUAAAGGGCAGAGUAGCUUUCUGUUUACUUCCCUGAGUUAAUUUCAGUGUGUUACCAGUCACACUUCAAAUGCAGUGUCUCUUCUUGACCACAAUAUACAGAAGCCAUCACCUGCCAAUAAAACGUAGGAACAGAGGGAAUGAUAGUAGAUGCUGCUUGUGUAUAUGCCUUACAGCUCUCCUAGAAUGUCUCUGGGAGAGUGGUGGGGGAAGAGGUCUUCAUUGGGUAAAUCCCACAGCUGUCAGGGAACCUCUGCUGCUUUCUCCCCUGUCAAUCAUGUGGUCGCUGCUUCUUCUUUCUUGGAUGUGCGUCUCAGGGAUGUGCAUAUGAGCCCAUGCCUUUUGGAAUUUGGCAUUUGAUAUACCAAGAAUAUGGUUUCUAUACCUGCAACCUUUCUGUCUGACACUCCCUGGUCCUCUCUGUCCUGCAUUUCUCCCCGUGGCCUUAGGAACAUGUCUCCAUUGUUGCCCUGUGCCACCCUCUCCAUCUCUGCCAGUAAUCAAGAUGAAGUGUAGAUAGUGAUUCUGCAGAGAAAGAAGCUGAAAUGAUGCAUGUGCAUCUGUGGGAUUUACACACAUAUGUAUCUCAGAUUUUUGCCACACCUGCUCUAAAACACGCAGAACAUCUGAUGCAUAGUGCUUUUUCUUUCUCAUCUAGAAAGCAGAACAAACAGCAGUAUGACUCUGAUGGUAAUUCUGUAAUGUUUACUUCAUUUGACAGAGCGAAAUGCUAAGUGUUUUCCCCAAAGAACCAAAAAACCCCCACCUUCUAACAAAAGUAACCAAAUCUAAUCUUUCUGGGGACGGGGGAGGGAAGGAGAGGAGGAGAAGCAGUGACAGGGGAGCAUUCUGAUCUAUUUUCAUCUCCACCACUUGGCUGGAGAUACGAGAUGCUGCUUUGAGUUCCACAAACAUAAGGGAUUAUGUUUACAAAGGUAAAUGCCUUCUACCUGUUCAGGAAACUGGCUACUGGUGGGCAUCAGGAGUUUAGAGAGUUUCUCUUCAUUGUGAACAAGUAAUGAGAGAAGGGGGUGUCUGGAAGGGAAAUGGAGAAAUAGAUUCAUUUCAUCUAGUCUUCUUGGUAAAAUAAUACCACCUUCCUCUGUCCUUACUAAAUGGAGGAAUGAAGUGGCAGAACAGAAAAUCAAUGAUGUCCAAUAUGGCUGGAUUAGAAAAGGCAGCUUUUCUACUUUGCACAUAAAUAGGUAACAGGAAGGUACAGCUAAAGUCCUCUUGCCUGAAACACUGUCCCCCAGAAGCAGACAUUGUAAUAAUAAAAAUAGUGGCUGUGUGUAUAUUGAUGCUAUUUGCAAGUUACCUGUAAGUGUUUAUUUUUUUUCUUAUACUUGAAAUGGCUUUCUUUACUAAACUCUCACCUUAGUUCUGGUUUCCCCCCUCCUACUGUAGUGUGCAGUAAAGAAAAUUACAGGACAAAUGGGGAGAAUGUAGAGGAGAUGACACAAUGCCUUGCAUAUCCAGGUUUCAUCUUAAUUUCCAUCCCACAUUCUCAAUACAUGUUUAAACUUCCUAAGGGUUUUCCAUGGACACAGAAACUCAGCACUUUAGAAGGUGCUCUUGUAUGGCUGGCUGCCCCCCUUUUCCUCCUUUUCUAUAUUUUUAUUUUACUUUUAGUAUAGUGGUACUUAAGAUCACUGGUUCACUUAAAAAGAAAAAAAACAAUAAGAUGUUUAAACUCUACUAAUGUACAAAUAAGCUGAAAUGUUGCAUUUUUUGUGUAUUUUUGCCAUAGCAGGUACUGUAUUUCUCAUGCUGGAUUUAGAAAAAAAAAAAAAAAGAAAAGAAAAAAAAGGGUGAUGUUUUAUUGGAGUGUGACAAGUUAAGAGUAAUAAGGAAUUAAGUCGUCGUCAUUUCAUUGAAACUGAGAGAUGGUGUAAUACUUAUAUAAGUUUUCUGAAGGGUUUUUUUUUUUUUUGGGCUUUUAAACAGCUUUUUUCGUUUUUAUUUUAAUUUUUUUUUGAAAGAUAUGAUUGUAUUAUGUGCAACUCAGUUGCUUACAUUAUAACUACAAACUAUUUUUGGGUUCCUGGAAAAAAAAAAAAAGACUAAUAAAUGUGUUUGGCUGCUAAGCAUUUAAA